CUGCUUUGCUAUCAGUCCAGCACGUUCCAGCCCGGUUCUAAGUUCCCUAGGAGUUCAUCAUGGCAAUCUUACGAACAGCCACAAUCGUCGGUCUUUUGGUUAUAGUCGUUAGUGGCCAUCGUGUAAACAUCGACUGGUCGCAGGUGAAAUCAAUCACAGAGUUCGAUCAUUACUGGCAGCGUCUUCCGGCGAAGAUGAGAGAUUUCCGGUACCAACCCCCUUCAGUUCGUAUCGUUGGGGGUGUUGAAGCUACACCUGGACAAUUUCCAUAUCAGGCAGCUUUGCUCAGCGAGUUCACCGUAGGAACCGGUCUGUGCGGUGCUACUCUCAUUACAUACAAUUAUGUCCUAACGGCCGCCCACUGUGUGAUCGGUGGUGACGGGAAGCCGGCCCUCAACGGAACAACCAUCCUCGGUGCCCACGAUCGCACACAAAUGGAAGCAUCGCAGCAGCACAUUCCAUACCCACAAUCCAGCAUCACGGCUCACCCGCAUUACAACUCACACACGAUCCGGAACGAUAUUGCUACGGUUUACCUGCCAACCGCGGCAAAGUUCAAUGUUCGUGUUCAUCCCAUUGGGUUACCUGUCUACUCCGAUGACCGAUCGUUUGCUGGAAUGGAAGGCAUCGCUUCCGGUUUCGGCCGUACUUCCGAUAACAGUAUUGCCACCUCGCCGGUGGUGAUGUUCACGCGCAACCCAAUCCUUUCGAACGAAGAGUGCAACAAGUUCUGGGACACGAGUCUAGUCUCAGACCAAAACGUGUGCCUCGAUCCCACCGGAGGAACUUCGGCCUGUAACGGGGACUCGGGUGGUCCGUUAGCCGUCGAGGAGGGUGAUGGCCGUAGUUUGCAAAUCGGAAUUGCUUCGUUCGUUUCGACGAAAGGUUGUGCUUCCGGAGCAGCGUCGGUUUGGGUGCGUGUUUCUCACUACCGUGACUGGAUCGAGGAGAACUCCGACUAUGUUUUCAGUGCAUAGAUUGAUAUUGAUAUUGAUAUUGAUCAAUAUUCAGGGUUUAUUAAAUUUUCCAAUAGCAGGUUUCACAUCGUUCGUAGUUAUUGCGUAAGUGAGAUGCUAGUAACAAUUGUAACUACUUGGCAACUUAACUAUUGGCAAGAUAAUUUUACGCUAGUUUUCACGCCUCAUGUAGCCCCCCAGUAUUGGACAAAAACUGUAAAAUGUACCGAA